UUGACAUUUGACAGAUAUGAUUGCUCAGAAUUUUCAAAUAUUCAAAAUUGCAAUUCAAAGCCGAAGAAUAUUUAUUUUUUGAUAUCAUUUUAUCUAUUAUAAACUAAAUAACUUCCUCUUUUUAUAUUUAUUUUAUACAGUACAGAGUUUACACUAUGUCAUCUUUCCGAUUCAAUUUUUCGGGUAACGAGGAAAAUAACCAAAAACCGGAGAGUAAGGAGAUUGUAUGGUUAGAAAGUGAAGAAAUUGUACCAAGAAAUCAAAUAAAUGAUCUGGAUAGUAUAGUGGUCCAUGCAAAAAUAUUUACAUGUUGUGAUGUUGAAAUCGGACAUGUUGUAAUAAGAGAAGCAAUAGCCAAUAUCGAAGAAAGUGGUUUUAAGAAUGCAAUAGAGCUGGCUGAAAAAGAGCACAGUGAUCUCAUUGUAGGAAAAUAUGAAGGUGGUCUCAAGAUAUGGGAAUGUACACAUGAUUUAAUAAAAUAUUUAAUAGAAAAUAAAGUUCCAUUAGAGAAUUCAAAAAUAUUGGACUUAGGGUGUGGAGCUGGAAUUUUAGGGAUUUAUGCUUUCAUGAAUGGAGCAAAUGUGACAUUCCAAGACUAUAAUAAAGAGGUUGUAGAAUAUGUGACAAUACCAAAUCUUCUGCUGAAUAUUGAAGAAGAAGAUAGAGAGAGUGAAAUAAAGCGGUGUAAAUUCUACUCUGGUGAUUGGGCAUCAUUUAACAAAAUACUCCCAGAUGGCACUAUUUAUGAUGUAAUACUUACAUCAGAGACUAUUUACAAUGAUAGUAAUUAUGAGAAACUUACAAAACUUUUUAUUGAUAGAUUGAGCGAACAAGGCACUAUAUUUGUGGCGGCAAAAACAUGUUAUUUUGGUGUUGGAGGUGGCAUGAGACAAUUUGAACAAUACAUACAGAAGAAUGAAUGUUUGCAGAGUGAAAUAAUCUGGAGAAAUAUCAAUGGGAUACAGAGAGAGAUUAUGAAAAUAACAAGAAAACUGUGAUAUAGCUUUAAUAAACAAGGUUGAGUUUAAUAA